CACACAUGGUGCGCCUGAACUCAAUCCAAAUCUAGAAAUGUCUUGAUCUGACCGCUUCUGAAUUGUCGAUGUGACGCAUCAAUCAUCUUGCGACAGUUUGACCUUCAAGUGCUCGCAACCUUCGUCAGCGAACGAUAUCCCUGAAGCGUUGCCAUUUUACUGUCCUCCAACUAUGUCGAAACUAUUCGAUUUUCGUAGUUUAGUAUCGGAACUGCGAGCCGCUGAAGGUCGUUAGUCGGGUCUUCGUCCACUGGCUUCGAGGGAAGUACAGGUGAAUGCAUCACACAACAUACCUUGCUAGAAGUCAAUUCCGGAAUACGAGACUUCUCUUUCAUGUCUAUACCCAAAAGAAGUUAGUGGAACAAUGUUUUAACAUAACGUAUCUUGGUGCCCUUUCAAAUACUGUUAAUAAAGAAACUCAUAUGCUAUUUAAUACAUGUUCCUUUUCCGAGAGAUCAUCGUGGUCAAAACAUUGUCCACAGUUCGAUAAUAUCCAAUUGAAAUGUCUACCGAUCGACAAUGGAUCCAAUAGUAUACGAUCUGUACCAAAUGCUUGUUUCACACGUGUCAGUCCAACCAGAAUAGACAAUCCCCGCGUAGUUUUAUUUUCUCUUGAUGCACUUAGUUUGCUAAAUAUUCGUCAUGAAGUUAACCAUCUUGAUGAACAAAACUGUAUAGAGAAAACAGGAGAAACAAAUCAUCUAGUUGAGUACUUGUCAGGAAACAAAUUAUGGCCUGGUAGUGAUCCCACAGCUCAUUGUUAUUGCGGGUAUCAAUUUGGUAGUUUUGCCGGUCAACUUGGAGAUGGUGCAGCAAUUUCACUUGGUGAAGUGAUCAAUAAACAAGGUGAACGUUGGGAAUUACAAUUGAAAGGCUCAGGUUUAACUCCAUUUUCUCGGCAAGGUGAUGGAAGAAAAGUAUUACGUUCCAGUUUACGAGAGUUUCUAUGCUCUGAGGCAAUGUAUUAUUUAGGCAUUCCAACUACUCGAGCUGCAUCAAUUAUCACAUCUGACACUCUGGUUGAACGUGACAUGUUUUAUACAGGUGAUAAUAUCACUGAAAAAGCCAGUAUAACUAGCAGAGUAGCUAAGACAUUCAUCAGGUUUGGAUCUUUUGAAAUAUCUAAGUCCCCAGAUCCAAUUACUGGACGUUUCGGACCAAGCGUUGGUAAUUUGACAAUUGUAUCACAACUUACUAAUUAUGUAAUACAGCAAUUUUAUCCUCAUAUUUGGUCAGAAUAUUCAAAUGAUAUUAUUAAUUGUUAUGUGGAAUUCUUUAAAGAAGUAGUGAAACGUACAGCUAACCUAGUCGCUCUUUGGCAAACUGUUGGAUUUUGUCAUGGUGUAUUAAAUACAGAUAAUAUGAGUAUUAUUGGCUUAACAAUUGAUUAUGGACCAUUUGGUUUUAUUGAUCAGUUCACUUGGGAUCAUAUAUCGAAUACAUCGGAUCCAAAUGGAUGUUAUUCAUAUGCUCAACAACCAAGUGUUUGUGCAUGGAAUUUAGCCCGUCUAGCUGAAUGUUUAAUUCAAGCAUUAAUUGAUCAACAGAAAUGUUCAUCUGAUAAAGCAACGAAUAAAGAAUGCAUAUCUGUUGAUAAUCUUACAAAAAAAUUCACUAAUGUUUUGGAUACUACAUAUAUGUCUUGUUUUAAAAGUGUCUAUUUGGAAAGAAUGCGUAAAAAGUUAGGUUUACUUUAUGCCAAGGAUGAAAUAGAUACAGAACUUAUUCAAAAUUUAUUUAAUACAAUGGAAAUGACUGGUGCUGAUUUCACAAAUACAUUUUUAGCUUUAGAAGAUACUUUGUCACAAGUUGUAUAUCAAAAUAAUGCAGAUUUAUUAAAACCUGAUCUGAUUGUUCAAGAAUGUUGUAGUUUAAGUCAAUUACAAGAAACAUUUGAACCGAUUAAUAUGGAAUUACAUCGUCAACUAUCUGCAAAAUUUACCGGCAUUCGUGAAAAUAUCAUAGAUCAACUAGAAGAAACGAAAAUUUUGAAAAGUAAAGAGAAAGAAAAACUAUACAAAGAACUAGAGCAUAUCACAGAACAAGAAUACCUAGAGAGAAAUAAACGUCUAUGGUCUAUUUGGUUACAAGCAUACAAAGUACGUUUAGAAAUUGAUUUCGAAGGGAAUCAUGAUAAUACAAAAACACAGUUCUCUGAACGUUUAAAUUUAAUGCAGUCUGUAAAUCCUCGAGUAGUUCUACGCAAUUAUCUUGCCGAAGAAGCUAUUAAAUCAGCUGAUAAAGGAGAUUAUACAGUUGCACAACAAUUAUUCAACUCAUUGACCACACCUUUUAAAAAUCCUGAUAUGUCUUUGAAUAACGAGUCUUUUCAUCUUGUAUCCCGGGUUAAAUACCGUCCUCCUGAUUGGUCUCGUAAACUACGUGUUUCUUGUUCAUCUUAACAGAUAAUAACAUGUAAGCUUUGAAAAUAAAUAUCCAUCCAUAGUGUAUUUUAAUAUCUUGCUUCAAUAUACGAUACUCCCAGAUGUUCAACAAUUUGGUUUUAAAUUUCAUUAACAACUACAUCAAAAACACUAAAUAUUAUACCUUUGUUUUAUACUAUCACUCAUUUGUGUCAAGUUACUGUGUUGUUUAGGAGCUGUAUUUUGUUAGUUGACUUCCGAUUCUGUUGUGCUUCCAAAAAGAAAAGAAUAUGUUCUUGAUUUGUGUUGGGGUUUGUGUGAUCAUGC